AUAGUCACCGUGAUCAGGUUGAUCAGGCGACUCGUAGGUACGUUGAAAGGUUUGCGAGUCUGUCGUGUAUCGUUCUGCCACAUGUUGAUUAGUUGAAAACAAGGAGAGGUAGAAACGCGCAUCUUCACGGAUUCUUCGCCGCCACACUUGGCUUGGCACACGUCGUUCCCAGAUCGUCAUAGUUUGCACUUUACACUCCACGGUCGUCGUCGUCUCUGCAACAAGUCAAGUCGACGAACGUAACGUUGCAUAAAGACGUUCGUACAUCCCGUACCUGUACCCGUCCCCGUCCACGUCCACGUUCACGGACAAGAAAACGGAUAUUUUCGACGUCAAGCAGUCAUCGGGAAAGUAGUCAAAAUUCCGGUCCCUACUAGGAAACAAGAGGGCCUCCAACAAACCGGCGGCAGAAAUCCAUCAACGAUUAGCCAAGAACCAUCAAGCAAAAUGAACAAGAAGAGGAACCGUACGAAUAAUAACAGGUACUGCCAAUCACUUGGCUUUCCUCGUCAAGAUCAUAAUAGCAGAUCUCCGCGAGCACGUGGACCACAAGAGAGGAAUGUCACAGCGGAGGGAGUUUAUAACAAUGCUCAUUUUAUGCAUGCGGUUACUAGCCACGUUGGCAACACCGUACAGAUUCAAACUCAAAAUGGCUCGGUGUAUGAGGGCGUGUUUAGAACGUUUUCGAGUCAAUUUGACGUAGUGUUGGAAUUAGCUCAUCGUGUAGAGAGUUCCGGAAAGAUUUGCGUAGAUAGCGUAGUAGAGAAAUUAAUUUUUAAACCACAAGACGUUGUUACUAUAUCUGCCAAGGAUGUUGAUUUAGAUUAUGCUAUAAGAGAUACUUUUCAAACGGACACAGCCAUUAGUAAGUUUAAUGGUUUGAUCGGCGAGAAGGAACUCGAACCCUGGGAUCCGCCGACUACCAUGAACGGAGCCGAUUUAGAAUUGGACGGUGCUGCUAAUGGUUGGGACGUCAACGAAAUGUUUCGUAAAAAUGAACAAGAAUACGGAGUUCAAACGACAUUUGAACCUUCUUUGGUCGGUUACACUUUACAACUACAACGUAAAGAUACAAAAGAUUACAAGGAACAAGAACAAAAAGCUGCUGAAAUAGCAAAUGAGAUCGAAUCUCAACCGAAUCAUAAAGCUAGAUUAGAACUGGAAAACGGCGAUGAGGAAGAAAGAUUUGCAGCUGUGACGAGACCUACCGAAGGAAAAUAUAUUCCACCGCCGUUGAAAAAGAAAAAUGGUAACACUAGCAAAUUGAUGAGAUCUAGCGAACCUCCGUCUUCGCCAGGAACCACAAGUAAUAAGAAUGUCUACAGUCAACCCCCUCCGUCCACGGUUACGGUGAAUGUCCCACAACCGAGCAUGUCGGUUGGAGUACAGCCUGCUCAUACCUCGGUACAACAUCCGGUAUCCUUAAAUAUGAGUAUGCCGCCCAAUGGAGUGGUUGUCACAUACAAUAAUCCACCACCGCCGUUUGUGCCUCCACCGACGACGCAGUCACAGCAAAUAAUCCAGCAGAAUCAAUCACAAUCUCAAGUUACUCCUUCGAUGCCGCAAGUAAGCUUCCCAUCACAACAACAGACACCUCCGAAUAAAAUAAAUACAGAAAAACGUGAGCGACCUGGUAGACAAGUUUAUCAAGCUGAUAAAGCGCCACCAGCGCCAUUUCCACAAUCAAACGUUGCAUCUUCUCAACAACAACAAUCUACGCACCAGCAACAUACAUCAUUGACGCAACAAAACUCUAUAGAAGGGCAAAUAGUUAUACAUAAAUCGGAUCAUAGAAAGGUUCCAACACCACGUGGAAGAGAAGAACAGCAUUCGGAACUGAGACAAUUUGCUGCAGAAUUUAAAUUAGCGGAAUCGCAGGGAUCUUCAGAUACCCCUCAAAUAUCCAGAAAACAGCAUCAGCAUCAACAAGAUGUGCAUUCCGCUACCUCGAUAAAUCAACCGCAUCACCAAGGUCCUCAUCAACAUACCAGUCCACAGCAGCAAUCGCAGCAGCAACCACUUUCGCAACAACAUACCAGUCCUCAUCAGCAACAUCAAACUGUACAAGAGGAACCAGUUACCAGUAAGCCUCCACCUGGUCCAAUGGUAAGAUCUACAAGUCCGCCUCAGCAACAACAACAACAGCAACCACCACCACCACCACCGCAGCAGCAGCAGCAGCAGCAACAACAACAGCAACAACAACAACAACAACAGCAACCACCUCCACCACCACAACCAACUCAAACGCCUCAAAAUACUUCGACAGUGCAACAAUCUCCAUCAGAACCCGUGGUUGAUAAGAUAACUACUGCUUUUAAGAAAUCUACUUUAAAUCCGAACGCUAAAGAAUUCAAUCCAAAUGCCAAACCAUUCACGCCGCGCUCACCUAGCACACCGACGCCUAGUCGACCGCAUACACCGCAAACUCCUCAGUAUACAGGGGCGACUAUGCCCGCGACCGUUGUUAUGCCAGCAUAUGUAACGCCGACAGCUUUUAGUCAACCACCUACUCAACAAGUGGCAAGGUUCCGGAAGGUACCUAUGAUGCAACAUCGUGCGCCAGAUAUAGCGUCUCAGAUGCAAGUGGCCGCAGCAACGGGACAGCCGUUAUUAGCGCCAGCUAUACAUCCAUUCCAGGUGCCUUAUCCAGGACAACCGGCGUAUCAACAAAUGGUACGAAUGGUCCAGGCACCGCCGCCACCUCAUAUGGCCACUCCGUAUCAUCAUCACCAUGACUCGCAAGGGCCACAAGCCCCCGGCAUACAAUAUAUGGGUCCGCACACUCAUCCGCAUCCUCAUGUAGCUCAGCAGCCACCUAGCCAAACGCCGUCCCCAGCCAAUCCGAAUCAACCACAUACACCGGGCGCUUAUAAUCCACCUGGUACUCCACAGCCUACUUAUCCGCAACCUCCGCCGCAAGGUCACGCGCCAAGCUAUCCGAUUAUGUGCCCUAUAAUUCCAUCUCAUAUACCGUCAAUUCCACCACAACACAUGCAAUACCUGCCACCGCAGCCACCUCCGGGUGCGCAGCAGACUAUACCCGUCAUUUUACCGCACAAUCAGUAGCUGCGGCAUAAAUUAAAGGAAGAAAAGGAAGAGCAGCGAUAGUAUUCUGAAAAGGUAGGAUAAGACUUUCAAAAUUGAGUUACUUUCAUGAUGGCGUGUCAAUUGUUGGAACUGUCUCGAAGAACCGCUCGCUUUAAUUACACAUUCUCGAUUUAUCGAUCGCUAAUCGAUAUAAAUUAUGUGCUAAUCGAUAUAAAUAAGCAUCAGUCGUCAACUUUCUGCGUUGAUGAGCAGUUUAAAAUUAUAUAACUCUUGCAUACACUUACUACUGGUUACAACGGAAAGAGAGGCCGAUUAUAUAUUUUCAGCCACGAAUCAAUGAUAUCCCGUAUGGUACUAUAAAUGAUUCUAAAUGAUUGGAGAGAGCGUUGACCAUCUUGAAGGUAACUUGUUAUUUCAAAUGUAGGUCGAUCGUUGAAUGACCUAUGGCCUGUAUUAUCGAGUCCCGUAAAAAUCUUCUUGAUUAUUUUAAUCAAGUUUUAAAAUUGUAAAAUGAUAGUUUAUCAUUAUGCAAUUUCGCAAAAUUCCCACGAGUUGACUUUUAUCGGAUUAGCAUGCGUACCGGAGAAAGAUUUAAUGAUCUUUUGGAUCGUGCAUUUUAUCGAGUAGUGCUCAAUGUAUGCAGAAAAUAUAAACGCCGCUCGCGUUUAAUUACAGACGUAUUCAGCAGUUUUAAUUUUCUCAUACAUACAACAUAGCUUGCGUUACAUUGUAAUAUCAAGUAACAACUCGGUGGAAAAACAAGAUUGAUCACGCGCGCGAGCGAAUACUUUCUCCCUUUCCCUUUCUCUGACUUUCUCCCUCCCCCCUCCCCUCCCCCUCCCCCUCCCCCCAUUCAUUGUUUUUAAUCGAGACGAUUACUGAAAUUAUGGGAAAGAGAAUAAGGUAUAUGGAAGUGCAUGUGGCAUAUUUUUCUGCCCGCGACUGCGUGUCCGAUUCCAUUCAUUAAGGAAGAACUCGGAGAAAAGAGGAUAGGACGAUCACACGACUCUUUCGAAUUAGAUUUGAAUGAAGCAAGCGAUAACUAACAAAACUGGAGUACGGUUUGCAGGGUAAAACGCUAGCGAGAUAUGCGAUUCUGCGAUUUGUUGAUAAUGAGUUUUGUUACGAGAUGUUGAUAUGCGCAGGAUCUUUGAACGUGAAAAAUUACAUCAAGUAUGCGAGAUACAACAUUUGCAUACUGACAAAUCGUGCUAACGUUAACGGUGCGAACAGCAGACAUUCGAGAGGUAUAUAAUUUGCACGUUUUCACAGUCGAGUUUACUUACCAAGUUUUAACAAUUGGUUUCACUAGUAAACUCUACAUCUCGUGUUGCUACACCUACUAUUUGCCAAUGAUUCGGUACUUUCGACUUGUUUUUCUUCUCAUUUCCUCAACGAUACCCGAUAACAGACGCGAAAUUUAAUAACGAGAGAAGCACGUUGUUGCAGAAGGAAAAAGGAAAAAAAAAAGAAAAAAAAAGAGAGAAAAGCUCGAUAUUAUUAGCUUUGUCGCUAGCUUCAGAUUACUACUAUUAGCUAAAGAUUGGCCUCCGUAUUAUGUAUGUACAUGUGCGAGAUGUAGGAAAGAAAACGUGGCGAAGCUUCAUCAUUUCUUAUAUUCAACAGUUAUUACUUCAUCAUGCGACGCGUGUCAUGAUACAUCCGUUAGUAAUUUUAGCCAUACUUAGCAGAGACUUGUAAUUAGUGAAGUAAUGCGAUUUCUCGAAUGACGAAUUCUUCGCCCAAUUAUGUACCUCUUAUUGACAAGUGAAAACGUGCGGAUACUUGAUACCAUGGACUUGGAAAUCUAUCUGAACGUAGCGUAUAUACUGCCAAUUAAGAUAAGGGAUGAGAUCAGAAGUAAAAAGGACAUCGGCAUCGUAUUUCACCAUUUGAAUUACAUAUGCGUAAACUCUGCUAUGGCAGACUCUUUGUUCCGUUCGAAGAUUUAACACAGAAUAAAGAGGUUGCGCCGUACUCGCUCGAUCAAUUAGAUUUGAAAGGAUAAUUUGAUAUUUGUCGCAUGACGUGUAGAGUAAGAAAUAAUAAGUAUGCGUGUAUGAUGUGUGAAAACAUUUUCAUUUGCGCAUUGUACAGAUGUCGAAAUAAAGAAGGGGAUAGGAUAAAAAGAUGAGAAGAGACUAGAAAAAAAACCAUCGUU